CCGGGUCCUCCGCUAAGCGAGCGGCUCGCGCCUAGCGUUUAGGGGGCGCCAGGGGGCCAACUGGGCGUCAAAGGCCUGGCCUGACGAUGACCUACCUACCUUACGUACCGGGCCGUGCUGCCACAUCAACGGACUACUCCCGACUUCCGAUCCUAGGUCGUUACCCUGCCGUCCUCCGUGUCCGAGUCCCGCUGCCGACGUCCGAAUCCACGUACCACACACCGACGAUCGAAGCGCGGAGCGCGUCUUAGUUUGGUUCGGAUCGCGCCACAACAUCGCAACUAUGGCUGUCGGCCUCAUCAACGGCCGCCUCGCUGCCGACGAGGAAGCCCGGGCAGAAGUUGACGUCCUUAACUCGCGCCUCGAAAAGACAUCCCAACUCACAAAGAAGAUUCAGGCCUGCCUGGCCAGGCUGGAUGCCACCGGCAAGAGUGUUCGGGAUGUUGCCGGACCUCUCAGUGGCGAGACUAAGAAGCUUCAGGUUCUGGGCAACAACAUCGACGCCGUUAUCGCCGCCAUCGAAAAAUUACGAUCCCCCGCCGACAGUAAGAAUGACGAAGAACAAAUCAUCCGCAUGGGCCCUGAAAAGGCCGGCCUCCCCAACUACCUGGCAUCUAUCAAGCGCCUGAACAAGGCAUUGAAUGACAUGAAGGCUUCCAAUCUUCGAUCAACGCAGCAAACUGUCGCCGACCUUCAGCGUCUAGUCAAGACCGGAAAUUCCCAACUCGAGAGUUCAUUCGACAAACUACUACGGAGCGAAACACCCCGAGCCAUCGAGCCUCUACACUAUCUCACCAAGAACAUGCCCUUCCCGGUGCUCUCCCAAGAAAAGAUCACCAGGCUAGGUCUCAUGAACUCGUACCUUACCGGGGUGCACCAACAGAACACUGGGGCAGGAAGCUCGCAAGAGUCGCCCGUCAUCAAGAUCUAUGCCGAAGUCCGGGCUCAGUACCUGCUAUCAACUUUGGGCAACCUGGCUACAGCAAGCACCAACACAGCCAAGAAAAAGACUCCAGAGGCAGUAUACAGGGCGGGCACCAACGGUAUGGGAACCUACGCCCAGGCCAUGGAGGGUCUAUUCCUAGCCGAGUACGACAACAUCUGCAGCAUCUUCAUGAGGGAGGACUGGGGCCCUGUCUUUCAGGCAACAUGCCAACCAGCCCUGGUGGAGCUGGGCAGGACCCUUCGGGAACUGAACAGCCACAUCAAGUCGCAUAUCACCACAGACUGCUACCUCGCAUAUGAGAUCGUCGAGAUCAUAUCCAGUCUGUCCAAUAACCUUGAGAACCGAACGGGCGAGCUGAAGAGCUCUCUUGCUGCGGCCCUGAAGCCCAUCCGGGAAACGGCCAAAUCAUCGCUCGUCGACUUGCUCGAGGAGACCAAGCGCCAAGUCAACAGCCUGCAGACGCUGCCCGCGGAUGGCGCGCCCACCCCGCUCGCAACACAAACCAUGCAGCGGUUGCAGUCCAUGGUCAACUUUUUGCGGCCCAUAUCCAGCAUCAUGAUUUCCAUUGGCGAUGGCGGCUGGAAGUCGGCCGCUGCAUCCAAAGGAGGGGCUACCGAUACCAUCCCCAGCCUCGUUUCGUUCGAUGUCGGUGCGGACGGGCAAGAGAUCUUUGCCCACUACUGUGCCGACACCAUCGAGACCCUCCUUUCUUCGCUGGAUGCCCGUGCCCGUGUCCUAUAUCAGCAGAAGAAGGCAGUCAUUGGUGUGUUCCUGGCUAACAAUGUCACCGUCAUUGAGCGUAUGAUCAACGAAUCUGGCCUGGUUACCCUUCUCCAGUCUCGCCUCCAAGUGCUCGACGUAUGGAGAAAGAAGGCCACUGCUCUCUACACCGAGACCUGCAAGGAAAUCAGUAUCCAUCUGUUUGACACGGUCCAUACCAACCGCACCGCACGCCCGGGUUCCGGUCAGGGCAUGGUAAGCUCGGCUUCGAUCAUGAAGGGCCUCAGCUCCAAGGAUAAGGAGAAAAUCAAGGGCAUGUUCACAGCCUUCAAUUCCGGCUUCGAAGACAUGGUUGCCCGUCACAAGCAGUUCACCAUGGAGAAAGAGGUGCGCCAGAUGCUUGCACAGGAUGUUCAGCACAUGCUCGAGCCGCUUUACAAUCGAUUCUGGGAUCGUUACCACGAGAUCGACAAGGGAAAGGGAAAAUACGUCAAGUACGACAAAGGGUCGAUCGCUGCUGUUUUCCGCAGUCUUUACUGAUUGCACUUUCUGCGCGGUACAUUCGGAUCAGGGCUCUAUCCGUACGUCCAGUGCAAUUG